GAACUCCUACCUGAAGGAAAAUCAAAGUAUGUCAUCAGAAAAAUAGGAAAUGGAUGCUGAGAGGGCAAGAAACAAAAUACCAUCUGCCAUACCCAUUUUACAGAUUGGGGAGUAGAGGCUCAGAGGUGCUAAGCAACUUUCCCAGAGUCAUCAGCCUGUAAAUCGUAGAAAUUGUGCCAGGCAUUAUUGCCUACCAAAAGUCACCCUCUUUUAUUUAUUUAUUUAUUUAUUUAUUUAUUUAUUUAUUUUUGAGACAGAGUCUCGCUCUGUCACUCAGGCUGGAGUGUAGUGGUGUGAUCUCAGCUCAUCGCAACCUCCACCUCCCAGGUUCAAGCAAUUCUCCCACCUCAGCCUCCCCAGUAGCUGGGAUUACAGGCACCCACCACCAUGGCUAGCUAAUUUUUGAAUUUUUAGUAGAGAUGGGGAUAUCACCAUAUUGGCCAAGCUGGUCUCGAACUCCUGACCUCAAAUGAUCCACCUGCCUUGGCCUCCCAAAAUGCUGGGAUUACAGGCGUGAGCCCAUCCCCCCCCGGCUUUUUUUUCUGACACGGAGUCUUGCUCUGUCGCCCAGGCUAGAGUGCAGUGGCGUGAUCUCGGCUCAUUGCAGGCUUCACCUCCUGGGUUCACACCAUUCUCCUGCCUCAGCCUUUCAAGUAGCUGGGACUACAGGCGCUUGCCACCACACCCGGCAAAUUUUUGUAUUUUUAGUAGAGACAGGGUUUCACCGUGUUAGCCAGGAUGGUCUCAAUUUUUGUAUUUUUUAGUAGAGACAGGAUUUCGACAUGUUGGCCAGGCUAGUCUCAAACUCCUGACCUCAAGUGAUCUGCCUGCCUCGGCCUCCCAAAGUGCUGGGAUUAUAGGCUUGAGCCACGGCAUCUGGCCUACCCUCCUUAUUGCUUUUGGACAGAACCCCAAUUAGUCUAGAUAUUUUUAGGUGAAGAUAGCUUCAUCUCAGGAAAGGUCAGAUUGGUCUCUAAUUAGGAAUGGGCAUGUGUAUUAGGCCUUUUGCAUUGCUGUAAAGAAGCACCUGAGGCUGGGUAAUUUGUAGGGAAAAGAGGCUUAAUUGGCUCACGGUUUUGCAGGCUGUACAAGCAUGGCUCCAGCAUCUGCGUCUGGUGAGGGCCUCAGGAAGCUUCCGAUCAUGGUGGAAGGCAAAGGGGGAGCAGACAGUGUCACAUGGCGAGAGCAGGAACAAGAGAGAGAAGGGGAGGAGCCAAGCUCCUUUAAACAACCGGCUCUCUUGUGAACUAACAGAGCCAGGGCUCACUCAGAGAUUACCACAGAGAGGGCACCAAGCCAUUCACAAGGGAUCUACCCCCAUGAUCCAGUACCUCCCACCAGCCCCACCACCUACACUGGAGGUCACAUUUCAACCUGAGAUUUGGAGGGGGCAAACUUCCAAACUGUAUCAGCAUGUGACCCUUUUCUGGCCAAGAAGAUACAAGAGCAAAUCUGGGAAGAUUGCUUCUGUGGAAGAUUUUGCUUCUCCUGGAAGGGAAGUGGCACUAAGGUCCAAAGGAAGCUGCAUGUGGGUGGUCCCUGCUACACCAGCCUCCCAAGCCUCCAGUUGCACCUUCUAGGAGACAAGCAAGAGAUGAGGUUUCACCAUGUUGGCCAGGCUGGUCUCAAACUCCUGAACUCAAGCAACACCCUCCUCAGCCUCCCAGAUUGCUGGGAUUACAGGCAUGAGCAACCAUACUUGGCCACCAUUAUGGAAGGCCGCUGCUUGUUUGUCAUCCUGCUCAUGGCUGUGUACUGGUGCACGGAGGCCCUGCCGCUCUCAGUGACGGCGCUGCUGCCCAUCGUCCUCUUCCCCUUCAUGGGCAUCUUGCCCUCCAACAAGGUCUGCCCCCAGUACUUCCUGGACACAAACUUCCUCUUCCUCAGUGGCCUGAUCAUGGCCAGCGCCAUUGAGGAGUGGAACCUGCACCGGCGAAUCGCCCUCAAGAUCCUGUUGCUUGUUGGAGUCCAGCCAGCCAGGCUCAUCCUGGGGAUGAUGGUGACCACCUCGUUCCUGUCCAUGUGGCUGAGCAACACCGCCUCCACUGCCAUGAUGCUUCCCAUUGCCAAUGCCAUCCUGAAAAGUCUCUUUGGCCAGAAGGAGGUUCGAAAGGACCCCAGCCAGGAGAGUGAAGAGAACACAGCUGCUGUGCGAAGAAACGGCCUACACACUGUGCCCACGGAGAUGCAGUUUCUCGCCAGCACAGAAGCCAAAGACCACCCUGGGGAGACAGAAGUUCCACUGGAUCUGCCGGCUGACUCCAGGAAGGAGGAUGAAUAUCGUGGGAACAUCUGGAAGGGCUUCCUCAUCUCCAUACCCUACUCAGCCAGUAUUGGGGGCACAGCCACACUCACGGGCACAGCCCCUAACCUCAUCCUGCUUGGCCAGCUCAAGAGUUUCUUUCCACAGUGUGACGUGGUGAAUUUCGGCUCCUGGUUCAUUUUUGCCUUCCCUCUUAUGCUGUUGUUCGUGUUGGCAGGCUGGCUCUGGAUCUCCUUCCUGUACGGGGGACUGAGCUUCAGGGCCUGGAGGAAGAAUAAAUCUGAGAUAAGAACCAAUGCAGAAGAUAGGGCUCGAGCUGUAAUUCGGGAAGAAUACCAGAACCUGGGGCCCAUCAAGUUUGCCGAACAGGCCGUUUUCAUCCUUUUCUGCAUGUUUGCCAUCCUCCUCUUCACCCGGGACCCGAAGUUCAUCCCUGGCUGGGCCAGCCUCUUCAAUCCUGGGUUUCUUUCUGAUGCCGUCACCGGCGUGGCUAUUGUCACCAUCUUGUUCUUCUUCCCGUCUCAAAGGCCCUCUCUCAAGUGGUGGUUUGACUUCAAAGCUCCCAACACAGAGACAGAGCCCUUGCUGACCUGGAAGAAGGCCCAGGAGACGGUGCCCUGGAACAUCAUCCUUCUCCUGGGAGGGGGCUUCGCCAUGGCCAAAGGCUGUGAGGAAUCGGGGCUGUCUGUAUGGAUUGGCGGGCAGCUGCACCCCCUGGAGAAUGUGCCCCCCGCCCUGGCUGUACUGCUCAUCACUGUGGUCAUCGCCUUCUUCACUGAGUUUGCCAGCAACACGGCCACCAUCAUCAUCUUCCUGCCAGUCCUGGCAGAGCUGGCCAUCCGCCUGAGAGUGCACCCCCUGUAUCUGAUGAUUCCGGGCACAGUCGGCUGCUCCUUUGCCUUCAUGCUUCCGGUCUCAACGCCCCCCAACUCCAUCGCCUUUGCCUCUGGACAUUUGCUGGUUAAAGACAUGGUGCGGACAGGCCUCCUGAUGAACCUGAUGGGUGUCCUGCUGCUCAGUUUGGCUAUGAAUACCUGGGCACAGACCAUCUUCCAGCUGGGCACCUUCCCGGACUGGGCUGAUAUGUACUCGGUCAAUGUCACAGCAUUGCCACCCACCUUGGCCAAUGACACAUUUCAGACCCUCUGAGUCCCCCUGGAGGACUCCCUUGAGGCUGAACCCUCUCAAAGGGCUGUCGCCAUCACCUGCUGCUAGGACACUACAAAACAAUCAAAUAAUUCUUUUUCUGUAAUCCAAGAUGCAGCAAGCAAGGGUGACCUCCAGUGGUCCACUCAGGUCCAUGAGCCGUUAUCUAGGACACUUUCUCUCUCUUUCAUGCAGUUCGAAGCCCAGAUAUCUCUCAGAUCUGCUGCCUGAGAAAUAAGCUCCUUUAUCAGUGAGCUGUUUUAUCGUUAGGAUGCAAGAGAGCCCAGUUUCAUCAACAGUGAACAAAUCUGGCAUGGUGUUUGUCUCGUACAGUUGGGAUAGGAGGCCAUUCAUUCCCAUGGGCACAGCUAACAUUAUCCCCCAGUGAUUACUUUCGGUUAUACUGGAGAGACCACCUUGUCUUUAAAGAUCACUUUCCUGGGCUGCAGUGUUCCAACCCAGUUGUUCCAGCUGUUCACAACCAGUGUGUGAUUUUGCUUAGUUGGUGCCCAUUCUGCACCAGUUGUUUUACCCCUGCCGAUAACCAGCAGUCAGAUAUUCUUUUUUAAUCCUUAGAGACAGGGAAAGGGACAGAUAGCUUUCCAAGGACAUGAGACUGUGCAAAGCCUCUUUGCUGUUUCUCUGGGCUCCUGAGCAUACCAGGGGAAGUUCUAGAAACCGCAGCUGACAUCUCGACCCAAGAGAUUUAGGAUUCUCCUGUUUCAUCUGGGUCAGUUUGGCCAUAAUUCUGGGGUCAGGCCAGGCCUGGGACCUGCCCUCCCAUGGGGUGACUCAUGACCCCUCCAGCCAGGACCCUCCUACAUGUGGCCCCCAGAGGCCUCUGUGGCUGCAAGGUGGUCAGUUGCUGCUUGUCCCAGCAGGUGGCCUUGAUCUCUCCAUGCCCCACCUUAAGUGGUAAGCAUGUUUAAUUAUCAAAGGCCCCAUUUGUCAGGGGUGAGAGAAAAGUCAAAAGAUAAAUUGGGGCCUUGUAAAAGGCCAGGGUAAAAUGUCUCAGGCAAGCAAAAGAUUGUCCCCUUCUACAUAUGGGUAAAACUGAGAUGCCCCCAUGAGCCCGAGGCUGGAAGUGGUGUCUGCCCUCAAGGGUUUAUCCCUCUUUGUUCCAAGCAGAAGCAUUCUGGCAUACCAGUGAAGAGCGCAGGCCCUCAGGAAGUGUCCGCUGAAUGGAAUGGCCCAGUGUUAGCCCAGUAUCGGAAAAGACACCAGCCUAGGGGCCCUGAACCGUCACACUUCCCUUUCCUAAGCCUCUGGGGGUGGAGAUUCCCCUGGGAGCGCUUGGCCAGCUGGGAAGGCAGGACCCAGCUGCACUCGUUGUUAAUACAGCAUAAGUGAAUCAUGGGCAUUUCCCUGAGAGCAGUGGGAGAGGCCCUCUGAGUGGGAGGUUGAGCUCUACCUCCUUUCCAAGUGAGCACUCAGUGUUGAAUCACAGUUACAACCCACUGGGGCUGGUGGGAGGUGCGUUGUAUGGGACUGGAAGCAAGAGGUCCAUUCAAAGAGAAACUCAUGGGAUUUGUAACCAGAUGAAUCAUGAUUUCAAAGACUUCUGAUCAAAAAUACCAUGAAAUAAAGACAGUUAAUCAACAUUGGACCUGGAGAUGAUUUGCCUUUCUGAACAUAAGAGAGCUUCAAAGCCCCAAAUUCCUGGGCUGGGGAUUCCACAGAGUUGACCUCUCUGAUUUUCUACUGCUCUUCCCUCCCCUCUCCAGCCACAUACUCAAACUCUCCUGCCUCGGGGCCUUUGCAUGUGCUGUUCCCUCUGCCUACAACACUCUGCUCCCAAAUAUGUGUCUGGUUCCCCGACUCACUUUAUUCAAGUCCCUGCUCAGGUGUCACCUUCCCUGAGAGACUUCCCUGACCUCCUGUCUAAAAUAUCACCCUCAUUACUCUCCACCCCGUUACUCUGCUAUAUUUUCUCCUUAAUAGUUAGGACAUUGUAUAACUUAUUUUCCUAUUAUCUUCUUCUCCCUAUAGAAUAUAAAUUUAUGAAAAUACAAAUGGUAUUUUUUUUACUGCUGUAACUCCAGUUCGUAGAACAAUUUCCAGCACAUAGCAAGUGUACAGUAAAUAUUUGCUGCUUGAAUCUACACCAGAAUUAACAAGAAAGCCAUCUCUCCCUCUGAUCUGGGGUCUGUUUUGUUCAUUACUUUGUUCACUCCUUCUUCCAUUUAUUCAUUCAAUAAACAUUUAUUGGGAACCUG